AGAGAAUCGGGUUACAAGAUGGCGGAUCUGUAGUGGUUCCCUCGGCGGCUGCGGCGGCGGCGGCGGCGGGAGAGCUACUGAGCUCUGGGGGGGACAAGGGAGGGGAGGGGAGGUGUGUGCGGGGGCGAAGUCAGAGGUAGCGGGGACUCCAGGCGACGAGGUCUCGGUGGGUCUGGUCUUCUGCGGCUUGAAGCCCUUUGGAACCAUGGUGAUCUCAGGCCUCUCCGGAGCCGCCGCCGCCGCUGCCUCCACCGCCGCUACCAUCUUUCAAGAGUGAGGGGCGCAGACGAGGCGAGUGUGGAGGCGGCGGCCGGGACGGUGGGGGGGACCGCAGCCACCAUGUCGGAUACGCGGCGGCGAGUCAAAGUGUAUACGCUGAACGAGGACCGGCAAUGGGACGACCGAGGCACCGGGCACGUCUCGUCCACGUACGUGGAGGAGCUCAAGGGGAUGUCGCUGCUGGUCCGGGCGGAGUCCGACGGAUCACUACUCUUGGAAUCAAAGAUAAAUCCAAACACUGCAUAUCAGAAACAACAGGAUACAUUAAUUGUUUGGUCAGAAGCUGAAAACUAUGAUCUGGCUCUGAGUUUUCAGGAAAAAGCUGGCUGUGAUGAGAUUUGGGAAAAAAUCUGUCAGGUUCAAGGUAAGGAUCCAUCAGUAGAAGUCACACAGGACCUCAUUGAUGAAUCAGAAGAAGAACGGUUUGAAGAAAUGCCUGAGACCAGUCAUCUGAUUGACCUGCCCACAUGUGAACUCAAUAAACUUGAAGAGAUUGCUGACUUGGUUACCUCCGUUCUAUCCUCACCUAUUCGUCGAGAAAAGCUGGCACUGGCCUUGGAAAAUGAAGGCUAUAUUAAAAAACUACUGCAACUGUUCCAAGCUUGUGAGAACUUGGAAAACACUGAAGGCUUACACCAUUUGUAUGAAAUUAUUAGAGGGAUCUUAUUCCUAAAUAAGGCAACGCUGUUUGAGGUCAUGUUUUCUGAUGAGUGUAUCAUGGAUGUCGUGGGAUGCCUUGAAUAUGACCCUGCUUUGGCUCAGCCAAAAAGACAUAGAGAAUUCUUAACCAAAACGGCAAAGUUUAAGGAAGUCAUACCAAUAACAGACUCUGAACUAAGGCAAAAAAUACAUCAGACUUACAGGGUACAGUAUAUCCAGGACAUCAUUUUGCCUACACCAUCUGUUUUUGAAGAAAACUUUCUUUCUACUCUUACAUCUUUUAUUUUUUUCAACAAAGUUGAGAUAGUCAGCAUGUUACAGGAAGAUGAGAAGUUUUUGUCUGAAGUUUUUGCCCAGUUAACAGAUGAAGCUACAGAUGAUGAUAAACGGCGUGAACUGGUUAAUUUUUUCAAGGAAUUCUGUGCAUUUUCUCAAACCUUACAACCUCAAAACAGGGAUGCAUUCUUCAAAACUUUGGCAAAAUUGGGAAUUCUUCCUGCUCUUGAAAUUGUAAUGGGUAUGGAUGAUUUGCAAGUCAGAUCAGCUGCUACAGAUAUAUUUUCUUAUCUAGUAGAGUUCAGUCCAUCCAUGGUUCGAGAGUUUGUAAUGCAAGAAGCCCAGCAAAGUGAUGAUGAUAUCCUUCUCAUUAAUGUAAUAAUUGAACAAAUGAUCUGUGAUACUGAUCCUGAACUUGGAGGUGCUGUUCAGCUAAUGGGACUUCUGCGGACGCUAAUUGACCCAGAGAAUAUGCUGGCAACGACUAACAAAGCUGAGAAAAGCGAAUUUCUAAAUUUCUUCUACAACCAUUGUAUGCACGUCCUCACGGCACCACUGUUGGCUAAUACUUCAGAAGACAAAUGUGAAACAGAUAAUAUAGUUGCAUCUAACAAAAACAACACAAUUUGUCCAGAUAAUUACCAAACAGCACAGCUGCUUGCCUUAAUUUUAGAGUUACUCACGUUUUGUGUGGAGCAUCACACAUAUCACAUAAAAAACUAUAUUAUGAACAAAGACUUGCUAAGAAGAGUCUUGGUCUUGAUGAAUUCAAAGCACACUUUCUUGGCAUUGUGUGCUCUUCGUUUUAUGAGGCGGAUAAUUGGCCUUAAAGAUGAAUUUUAUAAUCGUUACAUCACCAAGGGAAAUCUUUUUGAGCCAGUUAUAAAUGCUCUUCUGGAUAAUGGAACGCGGUACAAUCUAUUGAAUUCAGCAGUUGUUGAGUUAUUUGAAUUUAUAAGAGUGGAAGAUAUCAAGUCUCUCACUGCACAUAUAGUUGAAAACUUUUAUAAGGCACUUGAAUCGAUUGAAUAUGUUCAGACAUUCAAAGGAUUGAAGACUAAAUAUGAGCAAGAGAAAGACAGACAAAAUCAGAAACUCAACAGUGUACCAUCUAUAUUACGUAGUAACAGAUUCCGCAGAGAUGCAAAAGCCUUGGAAGAGGAUGAGGAAAUGUGGUUUAACGAAGAUGAGGAAGAGGAAGGGAAAGGAGUUGUGGCGCCAGUAGACAAAUCCAAACCAGAAGACGACUUUCCCGACAGCUAUGAAAAGUUUAUGGAGACUAAGAAAGCAAAGGAAAGUGAAGAUAAAGAAAAUCUUCCCAAAAGGACAUCUUCUGGUGGCUUCAAAUUCACUUUCUCUCACUCCACCAGUGCUGCUAACGGGACAAACGGCGCUAACAGUAAAUCUGUAGCGGCUCCGACAUCACCAGCAAGUUCUAAUGGGGCCUCCUCCAAAGCGACAAGUUUGGCUGCAUCAGUAACGGCCACCAAGGGAAGUUUGGUUGGCCUAGUGGAUUAUCCAGAUGAUGAAGAUGAUGAGGAAGAAGAAGAAACAUCUCCCAGGAAAAGACCUCGUCUUGGCUCCUAAAAUCUUGACUCCGAGACCCUCAGCAUGUGGUCUCCCUAAAUGCUGCAACUGUUCAAUGAGCUGAAGCCCUGGAUCAGCAGCUUCCUCACUUGACCUACAACACACAAGGAGUAGCAAAAGACCCACCGUAAUCAGCAAGGAGAGUUUAGUUCUGCAUAAAACCAGGCUUGCCGGGAACUUGAUUGCUUGCUAGUAAUUGAGGUUGGCCUCUCCCGCUGUCCAAAAGUAAAAAUGCAUAAAGGUUAAUAACCAGAACCUGGGAGGUAACUCCCGGCAUGGAAAGUCUCAGGUUUGGUGACGGUUUCAGGGAGGGAAAAGGUUGAUGGAACAAUAUGAAUACAGGUUGCUCCAGGGGGUAUCCAGUGUAGAAAAUUGUAAAACUCAACAUUACUUGUAUAAUGGUGCUGGCCAUGUUCUUUAAUCAGUUGCCUCUUUUUAAUAGAAAUUUUUAUGGAAAACAAGUUCAACUACCGUAAUUAAUACAGUUAAG